GAAAAAAGGGUGUGCAAGAAAAUGGUGAAGCCCUGUUAUGUUGACAGUAAUGGAUUGAAGAAAGGUGCGUGGAGUGAAGAAGAAGAUAAAAAGUUAAGAGAACAUAUUCAGAGCUACGGGCACUCGAAUUGGAGAUUGCUACCCAGUUAUGCAGGUUUAGCAAGAAUUGGUAAGAGUUGCAGACUGCGGUGGGUAAAUUACCUGAAGCCUGGAGUGAAAAGAGGGAACUACAGUAAAGAGGAAGUUGAUCUUAUCAUGGAACAACAUGCCAAACUUGGAAACAAGUGGUCAGCCAUUGCAGAAAAAUUGCCUGGAAGAACAGACAACGGGAUAAAAAACUUCUGGCAUGCACAUGUAGAGAAACGCUUCAAAAGAAAUGUUACAAGAACUUCCUCAUUGUCUGAGAUAUCACAGGAAGAAUCUGCCUCAAAGGACGUUGUUGUGGCCCAAUCCUCAAGUCUCCAAGAACUGGAAAAUUCGGUUCCAUUCCUCAAUAAUACGAAUUGUGCAGCACAUGAUACGGCUUGUUGGGAUUCAGUGGAAGGAACUCUGUGGACUGAACCAAGUCAACCCAAUUAUAUUGAGUCGUUACGGGAACUGAAUUAUGAUGAAUUACUAAGCCCAAAUCCUUAUAUUUUGAGUCCUUACUACUACCUUCCAAAAGAUAGUUCCAAUUCAUCAGAUGCAGUUGCAGAAACCCAAGAAAAUUUACGGAUUGAACCAGGAGGGCUUUUCUCGUCCUACUUUUUAUUCUCUGACGAUACCAUAAAUCUGUUUUAG